AUGGCAGACGACACUGUACCGCCAAACAUAUCACUAGCACUGUAUCGUUAUAUAUGUCAACAUAUAGUAGGAUCAGAAGAUCAUGUUAAACGUAUUAGAAUGAUGAGCGCUGUCAGGGACAAUUUAUUAAGUAACCAGGAACAAACAGUUAUAACAAGUGGAAGCUAUGGGGAAGGACUAGAGAUGCGGGGCAGUGAUUUAGAUUUAAUGUAUGCAUCAAAAUCCUUAGAGGUUUAUGAAAAUAUAAAACCCUUCUUUAACCAAAAUAUGACAUAUUUUUCAAUGGAAAAGGACGACGUUAAAUCUGGUUAUGCUCAGUUGAAACUAGAUUAUAGCAGAUCUCGGAGUAUAUUGGAACAAUGUGAACAACAAAAUUGCCAACAUUAUUUGUCGAGUACAUUAUAUAAACAGCAGAUCGUAGACGGUGAUAUUUAUAAUAUGAGUUCGAUUCAUGGACCCUGUAUAUCUGAACCCACAGGAACCUUUGACAAUGCACAUUGCUUACACUGUAAAACGUGGGUAUCUCCUACAGAACAGUGGAUCACACGAUCAAAUAAUUCAUGGCCGAGUUAUAAUGUCAAACAAAGUAUCAUAAAACACGGAGUUCUUUUUGUUCCGAUUGGAGUUAAGGGCUCACCAAAAGAAGAACUAGAAUGGCGAGUAUCUUUUUCAGUUGGUGAAAAAUUUCUGACUAAUACCUUUACACACACUCAAUUACUGUGUUAUGCUCUCUUAAAAAUUGUGUUGAAAGAUGUCAUAGCUUCUUUCUCCGAAUGUCAAGAUUUACUGUGUUCUUACUUCCUGAAAACAAUUGUGUUCUGGAUAUCCGAGGAACUGCCACAAUCCAUAUGGAAACCUGAUUGUAUUAUUCAAUGUUUUAUGCGAUGUUUCAACAGGCUGAUUUAUUGUGUUGAGCACUCAGUUUGUUUACAUUACUUCAUUCCAGAAAACAACAUGUUCGAGAACAAAAUUGUGGGUCGUCCUCGUGACGUGCUUUUAGAAAAAUUAUAUAUGUUGCAUAGUUAUAAUUGGCGAUGUAUUUUAUUUUCUGAUCAAAUAUCUAACUUUGGUUUAUCAAUUUGCAAUUUAUCCAUCGAACCACAUGCACUAUAUUCAAAUGAAGUAGAAAAAAUACUUUCAUCCAAGCUUUGGAAACUGGCAAAUACUUCUUUCACAUUCACCCCGACGAAAAUUAUCAAUAUGAAGAUGAAACAGACAUAUUUAUUUCAGCAGUCUUCUAACUCUACUAUUAAAGACGUAUAUAUAUUCUACAUUUCAAUGUACUGUCAUGUUUAUGCUCAGCGUUUACAACUCAUUAGUACAUUAAGUAAUAAUAAAUACCAAUACAAACAGUACAAAUAUUGUCUUAGUACUGUCAUAUGUAAUGUCUAUCAUGACGUUGCAUCUGGAUGGCUGAUGGUUGCUAGUCUUUUCUAUAAGACAAAACAGUACAGUAAAGCCUUAUACAUCGUCAGUUAUUCUUUAUCAAAAUGUACUCCCGAAAAACUGGGCUACUUCAGAACUUUGUCGGAUAUACAUUACCAGUUGCUAAAAUUGCAAACAUUUCAGAAAAUGAGUUUGGUUUGUUUAAUGAAAAUAUUGGUUGUUGACGAUGUAAAAUUUGACAUAAUUUCUACUUUAGUACCAGAUGAACUUCAAAUGAACCUAUUGAAUACUUUAGAGACAUUUCCAUCUACAGCGUAUGCUUAUUUCCUUAAUUUCCUUUGUUAUUAUCAUCUCAAUGAUGUCAGACAAUGUCAAGAUUCCCUCCAAGGUUUACAACUGGUUAUAGAGGAAAGUUAUUUAAUGAACCCUACAUUUUUGAAAGCAGAAGCUUAUAAUCUGUUGGGAGUCGCUCUACAGUUAUGUGGUGAUGAGGAAUCCGCAAGACAAGCAUUUUUACAAUCAGUUUACAUAAAUGAAGACGAAUUAGACAUAUCUGCUAUGAAGAGAACUAUGUCAAAGCAUUAA